AUGCCGCCACGACGAGCAUCACGGUCCUCAUCAGGCGGCCACCAGGCAGUCUUAUCAUUCAAGACCCCCUCCAAGAUUGUAAAAAGCACCACCCACCUCCCAGUAGCGAAGAAAGACGCCGCAGCAAGCCCCAAGAAGCGGGCAUCCACCUCCAUCUCUAUCCCCGCCGCCUCCACCUCCCCCACCUCCUCACCCCUCGUUGACGAAGCCACUCUUUCUCCUACUACCACUAGAGAAGUAGUCACCAACGAGGCCCUCGCGGAGUACUACAAGACCCACAUCCUCGGUACCCGCCGCUCGCAGCCCCUCCAUCAGGAGGACAUGAGCCUGCAGGAUAAGGUGCUGAGGCACUGGGACAUGAGUAGCCAAUAUGGGCCGUGCAUGGGUAUUAGUCGGCUGGAGAGGUGGAAGAGGGCCGAGAGGAUGGGGUUACGGCCGCCGGUGUUGGUGAAGGUUGUUUGUGAGGGGUUGGAGGAUGGCGGGAAGGCGUGGCUGGAGGAGGCGUUGAGUUUGAGGGGGUUGUGUAGAUUGUGA